AUGUGCCCCAACGGCGGUGGCGAGCCGAAGGGCAAACUCGCAGAGGAGAUUAACGCUUCGUUCGGAAGCUUCGCCAAGUUCAAGGAGGAGUUCACCAAUGCAGCGGUGGGGCACUUUGGUUCCGGCUGGGCGUGGCUCGUCAAGGACACCGCGUCGGGCAAGCUAAAGGUUUACCAGACACACGACGCCGGCUGCCCGCUGACGGAGAGCCACCUGAAGCCGAUCAUCGCAUGUGAUGUCUGGGAGCACGCGUACUACAUUGACUACAAGAACGAUCGUGCGGCGUACGUGCAGACAUUCUGGAAUGUCGUCAACUGGAAGCAGGCAGAGAAGCACCUAUGA